AACCAUGAUGGUAACAGCGAUGAUCAUAAUGAUGAUGAUGAUGAUGAUGAUGAUGAUGAUGAUGAUGAUGAUGAUGAUGGUGAUGGUGAUGUGAUGAUGAUGAUGGCUAUGACAAGACAAUGACAACAGUGAGUAUUAAUAAAUGCAAAGAAAACUUGAAGAGAGUACUGUGCUUUGAGCUUGUGAAACCCAGGGUACCCAGCAUUUGAUUGAAAAAAUAAUAAUAAUAGAAUUGCCUUGUCACUGACAAGCAAAAGUAAGGUGCAUGGGGCUACCAGCUACUGCUGGAGCACACCCUUAUCUGUGAUGAUGCUGGUGCAGGUGAUAUCGAUAAUGACAUUGACAAUGCUUGAAUAACUGGCCAGCCUCAGAAUUCACAUACCUCCCAUACAGUGAAGACUCUGGCUCCUGCGUAAAGUCCCAUUCGCACCACAGCUCUGAUAGCUGCAUUCAUACCUGAUUAUAAUAUGAUCAGAUGAUAUUAGAAUUUGAUUUCCUUAUAUGAUACAGAUUUUGACCAUUAUAUCUCAAAAAGUGAUAUUUUAAACUAUGUUUUAAGUUUCGACAUGAAUUUAUUAAUAUUUUAGGUAGCUUGAUAAUUUGUGACGUUACAUUUUGUAGCUAAAAAUAUACUGCACAUAAAUUUGCAUUAUUGAGACAGACUAAACUAACGUAUGUUUGAACAAAUAGAGCUAAAUAGCAUCAACAGAAGCAAAAUGUGGAACGGCCCCUUUAAAACAGACGUAUACAACGUAACGUUUAUGUCAAAAAGUCCAAAAUAAUUCUCUCGUGAUGAGAAAUUCAAAACAGCGAAAGCAACUGAGAGGAACUCGGAACUAAGUGGCAGGUCAUAAUUUUAUUAAACAAACCUUCCGGUACAAGCUGUUUAGUCUUUCUUCCUUGAUCAUUACUUAUUUAAAUGGCAAUAACACAAAAUUCAAAUAUAAGAAAUAAAUUGUUAUAACCAAUACCCCGUGCUCUGUGUUCCCGUCAGUAUGAGCUAAAAGAAUGCUGUUUAUUUGAAGAGGACGUACACUUGAACAGUCGCAUAUUGACUGGACCAAACAUGCAGCGACGCUCAUAUUUUUAAUUAAUUUGUGAGCUCGAAAACAAAUCUUUCAACAAAUCUGCAGGAAUAAGAUAUUUUUUCCUACCCUGUGCAUCUCCACCGCUUGUUAAAACAGCAAUACACUGCCCAAAGCCAUCAACAUUCACCAUAGUUGGAAGGCGAGAUCGCCCAAAUGCUUCUCUUUUGCCGGCUGCCGGGUCAGCUGUGCCAUCAAGAACAUCGGUUCCAUUAGCUUCUUGUUUUACACCCGAUCUUGCAUCAGGUCCGCACAUCAGUUGCUUAAGCUUUCUUGAAAGCUCAGUCAACAGGUAUAAAAUUACUUGAGACAUUUUUAACUUAGUAUUUACAGAGACAGGCGUCCAGAGACUGAAAACAUGCAAUACUGCAUGCCACUUCUCAUCCUUGGAAAACAACAAUCGAACGCCCGCGAUCACAGAUGGUCUUCGAAAUUCUUCGGAGAAGGCGAACUUUCAACGAUGGCCACCGAUGUGUUUCGGAUAAUUCCGAAGUUCCGACAGGUGCACGAUUAUGUACUUCAGCUUUGAAAAGUGAAAAUAAUAAACAUAUCCAUUGCAAAAUUUAUAAAUCCUCGACAGAAUGAAGAUGAAUGAUAGGGAAUGUGAAAAUACAUUAUAUAACCUUCAGUCUUCGCUUCUGAAAUACGGAUAACGCAAACGAAAGUUCACAGUGGAAGAGACAGCAUUUUAUCUGUAUACAGACCGAUCCACGCUUCAUACGAGGCAAUUUAUUUAAUUUAGUUGGUUCUCAAAAAAAUUAUUCUUACCUUCUCGCUUUGUUGCUUCUACGCUUCGACUACGGGGCAUCAUUUAUACUGAAAAGCUAUAGAUUAGCCUUGGCUCUCGUCCAGUACACUUCAGUGAUUUUACCUUGUAUAUCUUCGAAGACAUAAAAGAAAAACUGGAACUGAUGAUUCUUUUAGAACGUGAACUUUGAUUUGAUGUUAAAAGGCCGUGAUGGAUAAAUUUUUUGAUUUCACAGGAAGUAAUGGUAAACUGUAAGGCUAAACUUUUACAAAAAAAUAGCCGCACUUGAAUAUACUUGGGAAUGAUGCGCUCGUUUAAAUAUUCCAAUGCGUGGAAAUUUCUCACAUUAAAAUCCCGAAUAUGCAAACAAGCUCAACAUUAGAUUGUCGCAUAUUGCACUAGCCAAAAAAUAUUAAUGGUCUCGGAUGUUUGUUGAAACAAUUUAUUAAAAUUAUCUAUCGGAGGAAAGGCGUCGACUAAAAUAGGCGUUAAACGAUCGAUCGGACCAUACGUUCAGGACGACAGCAACGGGAAAGGGUAAAGGCUGUUAGCUUUUAAACAAUAACAACUUUGCACGUGCACUGAUACGUAGCUUUUUGUAAUUUUUUUUUUUUUUUUUUUUUUUUGCCGUCGAUAUCAUUGCACACAAGAUUACGACACGAAAUUUCCAAAUGUCACGUUUUAGGGGAAAUCGAUGCGAACACAUUAAGACAACAUUUUUAUUUUUCUGAACUAAUACAGUCCUUUAAAAUUCAAAUGCACCGAAAAAUUCGCCAAACAUUUGAAGAAUUGAACGAGAUGGGAUAAGAGAAGUGAGGUUUGGAACAGCGUAGUGAAAGUUUUUCGCCGCCCUCGCUGUCAGGGCUUAAACCCGUCAAUUUUCAGACGCACCGACAAACGACAAAUUAAUUAAUCAAUCAUUUCUUCAAUGUUUACGUUCAAGCUACUACUUCGUCCCCAGUCGUUCGCAAUCAAUUUUUGGGGAUAUUUGAGAUAAUUAUUAAGGAAAACAAGGUCGAAAGGAGUGAUGGGAAGGGGAAAAAGUACCUUUCUUUUUUUCCGUCCCAUCAUUCCCCGCUCGCGCUCUGCGCUCGUUCCCAUCAUCCCCCUCUCUCGCCUCUCGUUUGUUUCCAGCUCUCGUGCUUCUCCAGCUUGACCCUUUGCAAUUUCUGAAUGUAGCGCGCCAGUAAGCCGUAUAACAGGCUAUUAGAACAGUCAAGGCGGCUAGAAAUAAAGGCAUGUAUUAGAUUAGAGUUUCAGUAUACAUUCUUUUCUAAGAUAUUUCGUUAUCCUCCUGAUAUUGUAUAAAUAACAGAAUGCUCCAGAGCUUGUUUUCGCUACGUGAUCACCAUUGAUAGGUUAGAAUCUCACCACACGCCCAGAUUCCGAACGGGAGAUUGUGGAGCAAUGAAAGAGUGUCCAGCAGUUAUGCUAUCAAUUGUGACUUUAGCGAGUUGCUGUCUGGUGUCGAUCAAAAGACGUUCUCAGUGUUUUAGCACCAUUCAUGAGCAACUUGAGACAUCCACUAGCUGCCUGUCUUGAAUGCAAUGUUCUAUAGAAGCAACCGAAUCAGCCUAUGGCCAGAGUGCGCCUUGGAACUAAACGAGAUGUAUAACUGAGAGUCAUCGGCAUAACAAUGAACAGUUAGGAGGUGCUUUUCGACGACAUCAAACAGUGCGCUUGCAUAAACUGUAAAAACAAGUGGGUCAAGACCCGAGCCCUGAGGAACACCAUACCGCAGGUCAAACUUAUCAGAUACAGCUCUCCGAACAAAGACUCGCUGGGGACUGCCAAACUAAGAACAUUGGAACCAGUUAAGGACAGUGCCUUUCAAACCAAGUUUUGACGAUAAUCUGUCGAGAAGAAUGCUGUAAUCAACGGUAUCGAAAGCAGCACUGAGAUCAAGCAAUACAAGGAUAGUAACGUGCUGCUUGUCCAUGAUUAUUUAACAGAAUAUCCUUCAUUACUUUCAGGAGUGCUGUUUCAGUUCUGUGAUUUCUUCUAUAAGCAGACUGCGCAACUAGGUAAAAGUCAUUUUACUAACCAGGUGACCAUGAAUCUGAUUGAACUCAGCCCUCUCAACGAGUUCGACAAGUUGCGACGGGACGGAAGUUUAAAAUCAUAAGACGUUUUGUGUUGUCUUUUCCCAAGUGAUGUACUUGCUCUUAGCUUUUAUAUAGCCUGGUUCCCAGUCGUCCUCGGCUAUUUGCCUUAUGUGCUGAGCCCAUAUGACGCGGGUCGGCCAGCAGAUCACAUUAGCCACUCAGUGAUCAUGAAGUGGAACAGUAAGUUAUUGUUCGGAAUAAUCAGUGACCUGCUCUUCUGUUCCUUCAAAAUAAAAAAAAACUUGUUCAAAAUAAUGGAGAGGUACAUUAAAUAAUCACUUGAACAGCUUCGAGAAAUUCCGCCCGAUUAGAGAAUAUCUGAUCCUUAGAGAGGCCGGCCGCUAUUCUUGACUUCUAAUUAACAGCUAGUGAGGGACAAGGACGUACGCAAGGCUAAUUUUUUAAAAGCAAUCAGCACACAAGACGUUUUGUUUAGUUUACUGCGCUCGAUCAAUGAACAAAUAUCUCGAUCUAUUAAUUACCGUGACCAGCUUAAGCAAAAGGCGUUCACCUGGCUGCUGAAUAUAAAUUGCUUAGCUUUCACAGAAACGCUAUUUUAAUAAUUCAGCUAUGGUUAAGCUACAUGUUUAUAAAUGCACGCAACAACUCCCAACAACUCGCAACAACUCAUACAACAGGCUGUGCAAACGGGCGCAACAUGUAACAUCACACAAUUAAUUAUAACAAUCUUCGGAGUAAAGUUUGGCCAACAAUGUUGCGUCCGUUUGCAUCGGGCUUUAUCUUACAUAGUUGCUUUUACAGAAUACAAGUUUCCUUGAAUUUGUGAAAGACUCUUGCAUUUUAAAGAAAUACGGUAUAUAUUGAUUUAGAAAAUGCUGAAAUAUCACACAUUAGAUGUGAAACUUAAAAAUAUGCUUAAGGCCAUCAGAUAAUAAACUUUAUUCCAACCACAGCUCCGGUUGUCUUGCCCGCUUUAAUAGCUUAAAAUAUAAGGGAACUUCACCUUUUGUCUUUUUAUAAAUUAUAGUUCAUAUAUAUGUACGUGACCAAGACGAAAUUUGGAAGAAACAGUUCUCAAGAGUAUUAUCACAUGACUUCUAUUGAGAUCACAAAACAUACAAGCUAAAGAGGUCUGUGGCAGUUACUCUAGUUAGAUUAAUUCAUUUCUUUCAAACGCCAACAACACAAGGUGUGGGGAGUUUUGGGUGGAAGUUUACUCUCCUCCAAUAAUGUUGCGUCCGUUUGCGUGGAGCGUUAUCUUACAAUGGUUGCUUUUACAGACUUUACAGAAUACAAGUUUCCUUGAAUUUGUGAAUGACUCUGGCAUUACUUAUCGAUUUUGAAAAUGCUGAAACAAACUAAGGCGAGACGCCAAAAUCACACAUGAGAUGGGAAACUUGAAAAAAUAUGCUUUAAACCAUCAGAUUACACACUUAAUUGCAACCACAGCUCUGGCUUGUCUUGUCCCACCUAAAUAUUGGGCAUUCAAUAUUGAGCUAGAACUUUAUCUUUUAAUAAUAAACAAAUUGCUGUUGUUGUUGAGCCAUGCGAUGCAUGACUUAAUUGAUCAAGCGAAAACAUGCUAUCAGUCUCUUUACCUAAGGGUUCUUGUCGAUGCUUAAGCAAUAACCCUCCGUUUGAUUCAUUUCAGUCCCGCCAGCGUUUACCCGAAAACAAGGAGUGAAAAGAAAAUCGAGCAACUAAUUGUAGCAACCGGCAAACACAUUCUAAGUUUUAAUAACGAAAGAAAAUUAUCUGUAUUUUUGUUCCGUUUAAAACAAUAAGCACGUAUUUACUCUGUUCAUUGCCCUGAAGGUUGUUGCGCUAAGCUUCGGCGAUCACGGAACAAAAAAAGAAAAGGUGGGAGUUGCCGGCUGAAAAGUUUGACCGUUUUCGAACUUUGCGCAAUAACUCCCAACAACACGCAACAACAUGCAACAGGGUGUGCAAAUGGACGCAACGCGUAACAUCCAACAAUGUUGGGAACUGUUGGCCUAAAAUGUUGUGUUCGUUUGCACGGGGUUCCAGGCAGACAGUGCAAAUUCUUUGAAUCGGUGGACAUUUUUGAAAGCGUCGGCUUAUCGUUUACGCGUAGCGGGACGAACACUGAACGAAUACAGUCCGUAUUCGACAAAACCUCUGUUCGCAUACGAAUAUUUUACGCACAGACUUGGAACGAAAAUGAAGACCAUGGCCUCCUGACUCUAAUUUGGCUUUGACCUCCGCAGAGGUCACCGAGUUUGUGUCGCGCCCUUGUUAUUUUACGAUUAUUGCUAUUACCCAGCUAAAGCCUCUAUGGAGGAGAGAGGCAUUCUUGUACGGAGUUUAUUUUUUCAGAAAAACACCAUUUCACCUAGACGAUCAUAUAAUUUCAAAUGACAGGAUAUAUAUGUUUGAGUUAAUUUUUUAUCUUAGGUAAUUUUUGUUUUUCUUUUGUUUUUGGGUAUGGUAAUGUAUGCUAAUGAAGUUGCAACAAAGGAAAAAUAAAAAUUACCUGAGACAAAAAAUCAACUACAACAUAUAUCUCUAUCCCAUUCCACCGGAUUAAGGAGUAGCUACACUCUCCAGACGAUAAUCUGCUCCUGACACUCCUGAUCCAAAAUAUUAAACCACUCCAUCACGAAGUUGGCAGCCCAUUGAUUCCCUAUAUUGGGGUUUUUGUUCUUGCACAUCUUUGAUAACAAACACGCAUUCACCCCGCAGGUAAGAACCGAGCGCGUAGCGCAAGGUUAUUGUUUUCAAGAAGGCCGAGAAGCGAUUAAAUGCAUCCUAAUUAAUUCCAUUAUUCCAGAACCAUGCAGCAAGUCAUUAUUGUAGCCAUUGGCCAUGAAGUGGAACAGUAGAUUAUUCGUAAUAAUCAGUGACCUGUUCAAAGUAAUUGAAAGAUUCUUUAAAUAAUUACCUGAACAGUUUCGAGAAUUCCGCUCGAUUAGAGCAUAUCACCCAGCUUAAAGAGGCCAGCCGCCAUUCAUGACUUCUAACUGACAGAGUAUAUUAACGGACAGCGACGUAAAGGCUAUGGGAUUGUACAAGGUGUUUUGAUCGACUAGAAAACCUCACGCAAUGAGUGAAUUCUUCAAAGGGCGGCAUUACAAUUAUGCUACGCCGCGCGUUGAAAUCAAUGGUUUUAACAAAGCAGAAGACCUUUGUAAAGUAAACUAACAAAAGUUGAUAGAAAUCCCUGAAGCAUAAGUCCGCUGUCUGAACAUUUCUUGUACGUAUUACGUUUUUUAAACUUUUUAAUAUACAUAUGAGAAACAUUUUAGGGCGGUAUUUUAUAUCCAAGACAAUGGAAAGGUGCAUUUUGAAAACAAUCAUUUGUCUGAAUAGUUUCGAACAAUUCUGCUCCGGCACUGGAGCUUAAACCACUUACUAAAAAGGCUACGCCUGCCGCCAUUCAUGACCCCUAAUUAGCUGGGCUGACUGAAGGCCAAUUUUUGAAGAGCAAUUUACUCACACAAGACGUUUUGUAUGGGAUUGUAAAAGGCGUUUUGAUCGGCUAGAUAACUGCACGCAAAAGAAUAAAAUCUGCAAAGGGCGCCAUUACAAUUACGCUACGCCGCGCGUUGAAAUCAGUGGUUUUAACAAGGCCGAAUAGAAACCCCUGAAGCAUAUGUCCCCUAUCUGAACCGCCCUUGUGUGUAAGGAACAGUUUUGGAAAAUUCGGCUCCGGCAUUGGAGCAUAUCCCUCUGAAAUCACUUAAAAAGACCAGCCGCUAUUUCAUGACUUCUAAUUUAAAACAGCCCUAAGGGUAUGAUUUUAACAAAGCCGAAGACCUUUCUAGUAAAAUAAAUUAACUAAAAAUAAUAGAAAUCUUUGAAGCUUAUGUCACUCAUCAGGGUGCAUCUACAAUUAAUCACCCAAUACAGACAACGCCUUUUGUUUCAAAAGUGUUUUAAAGGUGAUCGACUCAGAGAUUUGCUGUUCAGUUUACUUCUUCGGUCAAUCUGACGCACGCUGACAGAAGGUGAGGUUUACUUAUUAUACAGUUACUGAUGUUUCGAUUUGUGUGUCUCUUUUUAAGUGGAAUCGCAUUUAUGCUAGAGCCAAGUAGAUCUUUCAAGGGUUCUGUUUCUAGGUGGCCAAACGAUACAGUAAAAACCCGCGAUUAAGAAUUUGCAUUUUCGCCAACUUAGCCUCAACAGGUUCUCAGUAUAUAAAUGGUAAUUACUGAAAGCACAAAUUUAGGCUAUUUAGGUUCUUAAAUCGGUUGUAGCUAAGAGUAUUUAGUGGUAUUCGGCUCAUUCCUUAGGUAAAACCUGUACAAUUGCACUAACUGGCAAAUUUUAGCCUAAAAGGUUCUUAAAAAACCAAUUGCUUAGUCGCAGGUUUUUACUGCACUUCUUCAUCAACCUCUCGGACCAUUUUCAGUCAUGUUUCCCUCCGAUCAGUAAAAUUACUUGUCACCUAUUCUAUAAUGAGACGUAUUUUUUCUCUCGAUAAUUUUUUUCCUCAAAUGAAUGAUUUUUGUAUAGCGAAUGAGCUGUUGAUUCGCGUCGUAUCGUCGGUAUUCGACAACCCUCUGUUUAGACUAAACAACUAGGGUCAACUAAGCUCUAGGAAAUCGAAAAAUAUAAGAAAUCAAGAACUUCAAAUCGUUUGUCUUGGCAAAGUUUGAGGUCAUCUCAAAAACUUAAAAAGCGUCUUUGAUGUGAUGUGUCGUUUUUGUGGGUUCAAAAAGAAGAGAAAAGUUAAGUUCUUUUCAUUUCAUAGUCUCGAACAUUUCACGGCGAAGACCAGGAGUGUUAAACGACUGAAAUUCUUGGUGAGCUGCAGUAUUUCGAGGGCAAGCAUUAGGAAAUUAAGACCCGAAAUUUGGUUAAAAGAGAGCGACAAAAGAAGUAGAGUCCCCUGAAAACAGACUAAUGCGUCAAAAAAGGCUGAUUCAUUUUUUGUUUAUUAUAUAUUUCAGGCACUUUUCAACCCGGCACUAGCAACAAGAUGCUUCGCGUACUUGUAAUUUCCCUGCUAAUCAUUGGCUUUGUCGCUGGAGCAAGGCGUCGUGCUCGAUAUAAUCUUUACCAGCGACUUCUAAGUAAAGGUGAUAACCAAGUGUCUAUUACUUAUAAUUACCAUUUAUUAAAUGAGGCUGAGUAUCCUCUGAAGAAUUAAGGAGACAAUAAUAAUAAUAAUAAUAAUAAUAAUAUUAAUUUUAUUACUUGAUAUUGGGCAAAUUUUUAACAUAUAUCAAAUGAUUAAAUGAGCAUAUAUUAAAUGAGAUCGAGGAGGGUGUUAUAACACCCUCUGAUUUCAAAAUACCUCCUAGUUUAAAAACAAGCUAAAACAUACUUACCGCCAUUGAAGUUAAGUUCGUCUUCGAUAGUGCAUGUUUAGCGGCAAAUUUAGGAGAUAAAGGGGUGUUCAGGUCUGCAAAUACUCAGUCCAAUUAGCGGAUGUCGUCCGUCGACUGACUCUUCCCCAGUCGUCUCCAAGUUGUCUCUGGGUUAUUCGCUCGGGGAAGAAAAAUCUGUUCGGUGAAUGGUCUAAAAGAGCUUCCAAAUCUGCUCUGCUUUAACGUGAAGAGUACUUCCUCCUUCCGAGUCACACAUCUCUUUCUGAUAAAACUUCUGUUUUACCACUCCGCCUGAAUUAACCAAUUUCCACAUUUCAGAAAUAUAUCUUAUUCUUACUAAUUUUCGCGAGUAUUAAAUUUCGCGAAAUUUAAUACCAUUUUCGAAAAAAAACAAUAAGAAUUUUAAAAAUUUUCUGAGUCCGGGUGUUUUUUGAACUGUGCACAUUUACUGAACAUCUCAAGUUGCGUUUUAAGCACUGAACCGUAUGAUACACAUUGCGUAGACAGUAUACACAGCGACCAGUUAUUUGUAUAUUGUUCAUGAUUCUAUGUAGGGCAGUUGUAAGUUUACAAUUUUGCUUUGAAAUAUAUAUGCCUCAUUGAUUUGUGACGAGUGUCCUCUGCUCAGGAUAACUUGAAAACAAAGACAAAAUCGCGAAAAUUAGUACUCGCGAAAUCCGGCUGCUGAAUAUUUGCGAAAUUAAGUACGCAAAAAAAUUAGUAAGAAUAAGGUAUUCAGCCUCAAACAAUUCGAGGCUCUCGGGAACAACCAUCUUCCUUUCCGUCAUCCCCUUCGUUAUGCACCUA